CUGACUGGAUCUUUGCUGGGCUGGGCAGCAAAGAGGUGAGGAAUCCAGGAAUCGCUGUGCCAGACCCUGCUGUGCAUCGGGGCUGCUCCCCUGCUGGGGCGGAAGUGAGGGGUAAGGGUUUUCUCUAAGAUCUCUGUCACCCAGCCUGCAGCUUGGUAGACCCAGGUAUUACCACCACUCUGUCUUUGAUCAGAUUCACCAGCCUACUGUAACACCUGCUUGAUGAGGCUAGACUCGGAGGAGAAAGAGGCUCUGGAUUACAUCGAAGCCUUUCUCACGAGCAAUGAACAGGACGAGGCCAAGAAACUCAAGUUCUUGGAUUCCAUCAGCACCCUCAGAAGCCUGCCUGCUUUUAUGAACAAAGCCCUGCUAGUGGAGAAGAUAAAGGAGCUGAUUGAUCACGAGUCCGUCGACUCCCUGACCGGCGUGAUGCGUCAGCAAGCUAUGCUCGCGAUCAUGAAGCUGAGCAAAAUGAAGCUACCGGUGCGGAUCCUGACACAACCCAGCCUGCUCGCCACCUGCUUCUCCAGCAUCUUCUCCCUGCCUCCAGCACACACCAUGGAGGAGGUGGAGGCUGCUCUCUACACCAAAACUUUGAAAACCAUGGAUGAGAUGCUGAAGGCCUUGGUGUGCGAGGAUCAGGAGCCCAACCUUCUGGUGCUGCAAAUCAUCUUGAAGGUCCUGCUCCCCUGGACCACAUCCAGGGAGGUACAUGAGCGGCUGAGGGCAGUGGGAAGGAUCAGGUGGCUGAUGGAAUUCAUGGGGUCUCAGUGCAAAUUCCAGGAAGUGGAGGAGUUCAGAGUCCUGGGCCAGCUGGUGGGGUGUCUCACUCUGUGCUGUGUGGAGCAGGAGCAGGAGAUCUGGCAAUCGGCUGUGGAGGGACUUCACCACCUCUUCUCCUUCAUGCAGCUGCUAAAAUCCAAAAUGCUGGUGAAGCACGGCGCAUGUCGGCAGAUCCUCAAGGACAGUCAAACUGAGAGCCUUCUGGGUCACCAACAUCAGCAAUAUCACAUCGAUUCACCAGCCUACUGCGCCUGCUUGAUGAGGCUAGACUCGGAGGAGAAAGAGGCUCUGGAUUACAUGAAGCCUUUCUCACGAGCAAUGAACAGGUACUAA